AACGCUCGAGCACACGGCGAGCGACUCCAGCCUUCCGGCGCCCUGAGAGCCGCACAGCACCGGGACCGCGGAGGAGGAGGAGGAGGAGGAGAAGGAGGAGGAAAAACUUUUCACAGAAACUUUCACUCUGUUCCCGAAUGAAGCUCCGGCUGAGUGCGGUGCGAGCGGCUGAGUGCGGUGCGAGCGGCUGAGUGCGGUGCGAGCGGCUGAGUGCGGUGCGAGCGGCUGAGUGCGGUGCGAGCGGCUCCGGAAGCCGCUUGAACGCGAGUUGAGAGUUUUUUCACGCGUCAGAGAGAGAAAGAGCCGCGCGCGCGCUCCACUCGCUUUUUCACUCAGAAGUUUGAGCUCGCGAGCCGUUCAGGGAACUCACUCCGGUCCGCGCGCGCACUCGCUGAGGCUCCUGUAGGCGCGUUCAGGCUUCAACCGACUUUCAACAAACAAACAAACAAAACCGGAUUGUGUGUGAACGAGUCGGUCGAGUCGCGAAAACUUUCUCUGCCUUGGAAAGAGAGAGAGAGAGAGAGAGAGAGAGCGAGCGCAUCUCCAUGUGGAAAUCCGCCGCGCGGCUCUCAGGUCGAGUGUAAGCGAGGAGCCGGAGCGCUCUAACCGCGCUGUACGCAGAGCUGUCCGCGAGCCGGAGUGUAAGCGCGGAGCCGGAGCGCUGUGUACUCAAAGCUCUCCGCGAUGAAGGCGGUUGUUGUCGCGGUUUGUGUCUCGGCGGUGUUUUUUGUCUCCGCCAGCCCGAGUCCGAGUGAACAGAAGUCAAAGAACUGCAAUGAAGUCCGGACGGCGUACAGCAGCAAGGGCUUCAACAGCAACGACGUCCCCAACAAAGGAGUGUACGAAGCCGAUCUGAAAGUGUGCCCUCAAGGCUUCUCAUGCUGCACUCUGGAGAUGGAGGAGAAGCUGAGUCAGCAGUCUCGCUCGGAUAUGAAGGCCCCGAUCUCCCAGCUGAGCACCAACCUGCAGAGCACCUUCACGCAGAGACACCAGCAUUUUGACCAGUUCUUCAAAGAGCUGCUCGACAACUCCGAGAAGUCACUGCACAACAUGUUUGUACUCACCUACGGAGUGAUGUAUGUGAAGAAUGCAGAGCUUUUCAAGCACUUUUUUCGUGACCUGCGGCUCUACUACGCAUCACGCAGCUCUGCCGUGCACCUCGACAACAUGCUGUCAGAGUUCUGGGCCGAGCUACUUGAGCGGAUGUUCCGCCUGGUGAACGCCCAGUACGAGUUCAGCGAUGCAUACAUGGAAUGCGUGAGUCGGCAUACAGAGGAGCUAAUGCCGUUCGGUGAUGUGCCGCGCAAGCUGAGACUGCAGCUGAGCAGAGCCUUCAUUGCUGCCCGCACCUUCACCCUUGGCCUCGCUCUCAUACCCGAAGUGGUCGGCAAAGUCUCCACGGUGAGUGCCUCUCCAAGCUGUGUGCGUGCUGCUAUGAAGAUGCUGUACUGCCCAUACUGCACAGGUCAAGUGGCUCUGAAGCCGUGUAAAAACUACUGCCUCAACGUGAUGCGUGGCUGCCUGGCCAACCAAGCCGACCUUGACACUGAGUGGAACAACUUCCUGGAUGCCAUGCUGAGUCUGGGUGAGAGACUGGACGGGCCAUUUAACUUCGAGUCAGUAAUAGACCCCAUUGAUGUGAAGAUCUCGGACGCAAUCAUGAACAUGCAGGAGAACAGCAUGCAAAUCUCACAGAAGGUAUUCCAGGGCUGUGGGCAGCCAAGGAACGUACGCACCCGGCGUUCUACGAAAGACUCUGGAUUCCCUGGUCGCUUCCGGCCAUACAGCCCAGAUGCCAGACCCACCACUGCAGCUGGCACCAACAUGGAUAGACUGGUGUCUGAUGUGAAGAAGAAGCUGAAACAUGCCAAGAAGUUUUGGUCUACUUUACCGGAGACGGUCUGUGUUGGAGAAAGGGUCACUCAGGGCGACGAGUGCUGGAACGGCACAGCCAAGAGCAGGUACGAGUCUGUGGUCUUGGGCAAUGGUUUAGCCAAUCAGGUCUCCAAUCCUCACGUGGAAGUGGACAUCACCAAGCCGGACGUGGUGAUUCGCAGACAGAUUGCUGUGCUGAAGGAAAUGACCACACGGCUGAAAGCCGCUCACAGUGGAAACGACAUCACAUACGACGACGACGAUGUCAGUGGUAGUGGCAGUGGCUGUGAUUCACCCUCCUGCGACAACGACAAGGACAUGUAUUUCUCCACUUCAACGCCUGUCAAACCCCGCGUCGUUAAGGUAGUAGACAGGCCCUCCAGUGGUGUGCGGCUGGCACCGUACAGCCCGGUCCUGACCCUGGCAGGCAUUGCUCUCACCCUCCUGACCUCCCACACCAGAUAAGAGUGCUUCCGACGAGAAGGACGAGUAUUAGUGCAAAGAAGAAACUGUCAGAGGGAUUUUUUUUUAAAAAACAAACAAACAAGAGACCGCCUUUAAGACUAUGGUCAGUCUGUCAUCUGACUCUCAAGUUAUUAAUACUUAAAUAACUUCAUCCUAAUAUUUUUUUUUCUUUUUAAUACACAUGGAGACUCAUGUACAUGGGAUUCUGAAACAAACACCUCCCUUUCCUGCCAUUUUCACCUGGACUUUGUUUCCUAAAGUCAUUAUCAGUGUUUACAGUACCACACACACACAUCUAUAUAUAUAUACACACACACACACACACAUUUUUUUCUUUUCUUUUUUCUUUCAAAAGGAGCUUUACAGGCUGAGGUUUGCUCUAUAUUUAGGAGUGUUUGCGUGCAUGUGUGCGUGCACAUGUGAGUGUGUGAGAGUCGUUGUGAAUGACUUUUUGUUCGAGAGCCUUUCCUAAGAUAGCUUAUUAAUAAAUUCCUAUACCAUGUUUAGACUGAGUGAAGCAAGAUGUAGCAGGUACACAAUCAGCAGAGUGAAACACCUGUUACGUGCGUGUGUGCUUCUGAUUGCCAGCUUGUGCGGCAUAGAUGUUGGCAAGCCUUAAGAACAAAAUCCCUGCACCAAGCGUUUCUGUUUUUAAUAUUAAAAGGUGAGGGCCAAGCCACAAAAGAUGGUACAGAGUAAAAAUGACUAGCAUGUGCAGAUUCGAAGGGCCCUUUUUAAAAAAAAAAAACGAUCAGGGAUGUCACGUCUUUUAAGGAAAGUGUAUGAAGCGAUUUGGGUGAUGUGACCGUUCAACGUUAUUCAUCUAGCUAUAGCACGCACACUGCGAUCGAAACAUCCUGAGUGCACAGUGGCUGCUCUGUGCACAGGUGCUUCACAGGGAAGGAACUCACAUCCACCUGGACAGCGUGUACAUGUGAAUUAGUUAGAACAGAGUUUGAGAAAUGGAAGAAGAAUAAUGAAAUUAACACAGGGUUUUAUUUGAUGGUUUUUAAUUUUGCUAGAAAUGUAUUCUAAAGUGUAAAUCUAUAUAUUGGGUACGACAGCAAAUUUGCCUUGUCCAGAAUGACUGAUGAUGCUGACUUGAGUGAGGAGUGGUUUCUGUACGUGUGUAAAUGUUUUAGGUUUUUUUUUCUUUCAUUUGUUUGUCCCACUGGUCUAAUCAAGACUUAUGCGAGUACCCUAUUUAAAUCCAUUCUUACCAUCUGAUAGUCGCCUCUCCGUUGCAGUAGAAGCUUAUUUCCCCCCCAAGCUGUAACCUCGGUACGUUAUUCUAAUGCAUCCUUACACGGGGAGCAAAAGGCGCCUCUCUCAACAGUCUUACAUUUUGCGGCUUGUGGACUGUUCUUUUGCUCGACAGGCCAUUUGUACAUGUAGGUUUUCUUUUCGAUGACUGACAAGUACAGUGUUAUGUUAGAAAACAGCAGAGGUCCUUCCGACACGAACGCAUCUCUCUCAGUUGAACUGCUCCCUCCUUGCUCUUGUACAGUAAGUUAUUUAACUGCAUGUCUCCAAGUUCUUUUACAACCAUGACAUAAAGUCCAUAAAGUGCAGUAUUGGAAAAAAUAUAUAUAUAUAUAAUUUAUAUCUGUAGAUGGUUGCAUUUUAACAGUUUCAUAAAAUACCUGAAUUUGUAUUGGCUUCGAAUUUCAUGUAAUGUAAAGCUUAUUGUUUAUAAACCAGUUUAUUAUUGCCAUUCCUCCCCCCCCUCCCAGUAGUUAAGUAAGGAUGAUGUAAAAGGUCUGUAGAGUGAAGGAUAGCGUUGACCAUGAGCGUCUUAGUGUCGUAUGCACUUUCUAAAUUGCCAUUCAAAAUGCCUUGGAAACAAAACACUUGGAGUGCUAGCAGGAAUCUUUCAGCGUCGACUGACUGGAGGUCAGUCCUGGUCACUUACUCGCUCAGAGGCUAUGAACAGUGGUUGAGUUGUGGGUGCGUUUUUUUUUUUUUGAUGGUUUGUUCUUGGAUAUUUAGAUGGAGGAAUAUCAGGUUUCUGAUUGACAUCACAUAUCAGUAAUGUAUCCUUUAAGGUUGUUGUACAUGAGAGCAUAAAUAGAGAGCAGUGUAACUUCAUGGCCAUUUAACUCCUUCAGUGUUGAGGUGAGAUCCAGUUUGACCGGAAGGACUGCUUUUUUCUGAUUCAACAGUUUUAGCAGGAACACUGAGCUACAGAAUGAAGUUUGUGUAGUCGUUCACCCUGAACAAUAGAGCAGUGCCAUCUUUGGAACAGUACAAGAGACUUGACUACAGAAAGGUAAUGAUGUAAAUACAGAGCAGUCGGUUUAGAUCAGUCGGUCUCUGAGAGAGGUUAUAACAGAUCAAGUCUUACUCAGAGGAUAGACUUAACAUGGGGAGGGGGAACAUGAUAAAACUGUAAGAGAAAGGAUGUAUUAAACACAUCAAAGUCUUGUAAAAAUAAAGACUGCAGAUAUUUAAAAA